AUGUCCUCUUCAAAUCCUAGAGGAGGAGGACAAUCAUCAUCUUCAUCGCGGUAUAAUAAUGAUUAUAUAGAUUAUGGGAAAACUCGAAGGAAAAAUUUUUAUUCAUCAUCAACUAUAGCAGCUUCUGCUAAUUCGUCAAAUUCAAAUUUAAAUUCUAAUGCAAAUAUAAAUUCAUCAAAUGAAACUAAUUCAUCAACUGUGCCGAAUUUGUCACGACGAGAUUUCAAAAGUAAUGGACCCGGUUCUUCAUCAUUAACACAUCUGAAAGAUUCACAAUCAAAUAAUACCAAUAGAAAUUCAUCAUCAUCAUAUACGUCAAAUUAUUAUUCAAAUUCUUAUGGAGGAAAUUAUGAUAAUUCAUAUUAUAAUAAUAGGUCAGACAAUUGGAGAAAAAAUACAAAUAAAGCUGGAGAUUCACGACUAUCUAUGUCAAGUCAUAAACCUACAUUAUCUGCAUCAUCAUCUACAUCAACAACAUCAUCUGCAUCAUUAUUAUCAUCCACAAAUAAUUAUAGAAAUGGGAAUGUAGAUUAUCGAAAAGAUCGUUAUGAUUCUUACAGCACUCCAGAUACAAGUAAAUGGAAAAGAAAUUCAUUGUCAUCAUCAACAAGAUUUUCAGCAAAGGAUAGAAUACGAAAUGGUAAGACUUCAUUAAGUUCAUCAUAUACUUCAGGAAGUAAUAAUAUACCUUUGGGCUCAUCAACAUCUAAUACAGAAACUUAUAGGUCUUCAAACUUUAAUGGAGAUCCUUAUUAUUCAUCAUCAAAAUCUUAUGGGUCAUAUUAUUCAAAGCCAAUAGACAGAUACUCUUCAUUAUCACAACUGAAACUACCGUAUUCGAAACCAAGAGAUAAAUACAAAUAUUCAAAUUAUGGCAAAAGUACAUUAAUAAAUCCAAUCGAGAAAAGCGCCAAAGAGCCUGAAAAUGAGGAAAACGGAGAGCAAGAGCAAGAGGAAGGAGAAGAGGACGAGGAUGAUGAAGAUCAAGAUGAAGAUCAAGAUGAAGACCAGGACAAUCAGGAUGAAGAACUUCGAGAGGAUCAAGAGAAAGAAGAGAAAGAAGAGAAAUUAAUUGGAGAUUUAAGCGUUAAAGAGGAGAACGAAGGAAAAUUGCACUAUUCAAAAGGUAAUGAUAACGAAGUUGAAGUAAAAGAAGAAGAGGAAUAUGAAGAAGAAUAUGAAAAAAACAUAGAAGAUUCAGACUUCAAAGUAAAAUCAGCCAAAACACCACCAAUUUCAAUACCUAUCAAACAAGAAGAUAAAUUUGAUACAGUUAAAGAAGACACUGGACCACAACUAGAAGGGACAUAUAGAUAUCCAUUACCAAAAUUGCAACAACAGUAUGAGGAUUUAGAAGCGCAAUUUUUGAUUGAAACUCCACAAUUAAAAUACAAGAAAGAAACUCCAAUCUUAUCCUUCUCAGAAUAUCCAUUUUUUAUCAAUAAUUAUAUGAAUUUUAAAUUAAGAAGAAAAAAAUUAGUUAAACAACUUCAAGACAAGGAUAAGCACUUACGAAUAAAAACGCUAAAUCUAUGGCAUUUAUACAACAAAGGUUUAAAAAAAUCCAAUAUUGAAAGAGCAAAAAUGGAUCAACAACUUCGUAUAAUUCAUCCAUUUGAUGACGAAAUGAGAAAAGAAAUUGACUCAAGUGAUUUAAAGAAACAGAAUCAGCAAUUUCCCACUGGUGCAAACAAUAAUGCCUCUCCAGUUUUAGAGCUGCCAGUAGCGGUAUCAAACAGACGAAGUAGUAGAAGACAUGGUGAUUUAGUUACAACUGAGGCAGAAUUCCAAGAAAUCUUACUCACAUUGGGUCAAGAACAAGAUAAUCCAUUAGAAAAAGCUCAAAGAGUUGCUGCAGAUAUUCCAGAUUUAAUUUUAGAUCCAAUUGAUAAAAAUGAAUUGAAAUUUAUGGAUUCAAAUAAUAUAGUUAAAGAUAAAAUUGAAUGGAGUCAAAGGGUCAAAUCUGAUUUUUAUAAUACUUUUUCUGAAAGAGAACAUGAAUUAUUUAGUGAAGCCUUUUGUUUAUUUCCUAAAAGAUUUGGUGCAAUUUCAAGAUAUAUGGGUAGUUUAAGAACAGCUUCUGAUUGUGUUGUCCAUUAUUAUAUGACUAAAAAAACAAUCAAUUAUAAACAGUUAUUAAUACAACAUAGGAAAGCAAGUAAAAAAGGUAGGAAAGUUAAAAAUGGUGGACGUCCAAAAACUACUACUGUUGCAACAAAUAUUACUACUACAAAUGCUUUACAAAAUGAUGAUGCACCAAUUGUAGCACAAGAAAUUGCAAUUACUGGAAAUAAUCAAGAUCAAAUUUCGAUUGAAGGUACACCAAUAGAAUUGGAAACACCCGUAAUUUCUACACCAAUUAUUACAGCAAACAAUAAACCAAUUGCUCAAGAAGUUUUUACAGAAACCAGUAAAAAGAAACGAGCUACUGCUUCUACUGAUAAACCAAAACCUGAAAAAAGGAAACCGAAAACAAAGGAAACAACUAUUGAUGGUAAACCUGUUGAAAAGAAGAAAAGAAAAUCCAAAAAGGCAGAUGGAGAACCAGUUGAGAAAAAGAAAAGAGUUAAAAAAGAACAACCACAAACAACAGAAUAUAUUUUACCAGAAACUAGUAAAAUUUCAGUUGAAAAUUUGACUACACCUGAUCAACAACAAAUAAUGAAUCAAAAUCCUCCACCAAUGCAAACUUUUACUUAUCAACAGCAAACACAACCGCCACAAUCGCAACAAAUCCAAGAAGCUCGCCAACAACAACCUCAACAACCUCAACAAACUUCUCAGCAAACUUCCCAACAACAAUAUGUCCAAAUGCAACAAUACCAGUCUGAAUAUCAAAAUCAACAACAACAACAACAGCAGCAGCAGCAGUAUCAACAACAACAAUAUCAACAAUAUCAACAAUAUGUGCCUCCUCAACAACAAUAUCAGCAAUAUCCUCAACAAUUUCAACAAUACCCACAAUAUCGUACAUCUUCAUCAGUAUUUCCAUCAAUCAGAAAUUUAAUAGUAGACCAACCUCAGCAACAGCAGCAACAACAGACACAACCAUUACCUCAACCACCAACUUAUAAUUCUCAUGAAAAUAAUGUUUUAAAUUUAAUGACUUCACAAUCAACAACUCCAACAAUAAGAAAAAGCUCUAUAAUGAGUUUAUUAAAUAAUGAAGAACCCUCAAGACAACAACAACAAAAGCAACAACAACAACAAAGAGCUAAAACGAAUUUACGAGACUUGCUUAAUUAG